GGGAAAAUCGCUCCAAAGAAAAAACAGAGGGGAAAAGGUUCAAUGGAGUUCGAUACGUUACUUAGACCGUGAGGCGACGACAGGAGGCGGAGGGGGGAUCGGGAUCGGCGGCGAUGGCGGCGGCGCGGGAUGGGGAGGCCAGGCGGGCGCACGCAGCGAUGGUGGGUGUGCAGUUCAUCAGCGCGGGGUACCACGUCGUCGCGAAGCAGGCGCUCAACGUCGGCGUCAACAGAGUCGUCUUCUGCGUAUUCCGCGAUCUCCUCGCUCUCUCCGUCCUCGCCCCUCUCGCCUUCUUUCGCCGCCAUGGCUCGCCCGUGCAGUCGCGGCCUCCCGUCACGCGGCGGCUCCUGGCUUCCUUCUUCUUCCUCGGGCUCACGGGCAUCUUUGGCAACCAGCUGCUGUUUUUAGUCGGCCUCGGCUACACGAAUCCCACCUACGCGGCCGCCAUUCAGCCGUCCAUCCCCGUCUUCACCUUCAUCUUGGCCCUCAUCAUGGGGACUGAAACGGCAAGCUUGGGCACACAUGAGGGCCGGGCGAAGAUUGGUGGCACCAUUGUAUGUGUGCUCGGUGCUGUUCUUAUGGUGCUGUACAGGGGGGUAGCUGUGUUUGGUAGCAGCGAGCUCGACCUUGAUGUUCAUAGUAAUGGCGUCAUCACUGACAUGUUGCAGCCUGAGCCAGUAUCAUCUUGGUUCAUUGCAUUUGGGCUGGAGAAGUGGCACAUUGGAGUGCUGUGUUUGAUAGGGAACUGCCUCUGCAUGGCAACUUAUCUUGCUUUACAGGCUCCAAUUUUGGUGAAGUACCCGUGUAGUUUGUCAUUGACAGCAUACUCAUACUUCUUUGGAGCUGUUUUAAUGGUUAUCUCAGGAGUUUUUACAACAACUGAUAAAGAAGAUUGGACUUUAACUCAAUCUGAGUUUGCUGCUGCUGCAUAUGCUGGAGUAGUUGCAUCUGCUCUUGGUUAUGGUUUAUUGACAUGGUCCAACAAAAUUCUGGGCCCUGCCAUGGUGGCACUAUAUAACCCUCUUCAGCCUGUGCUCUCUGCUCUCUUGUCUGUGCUUUUUCUGGGAAGCCCAGUUUACUUUGGAAGUAUUAUUGGGGGGCUCCUUAUCAUCUCUGGUUUAUACCUUGUCACCUGGGCCCGACGGAGAGAAAAGCUGCAUGGAAUUGCAGCAUCUUAUGUAAAAUGCGCACUGGAACCACACGAUGGUGCUACUCAAGUCGUGAAGGGCGGAAACUUGAUCUCCUGGCCCUUUGUAUUCCUUUCUAGGCUGUGGAAUGUGCCACAUGAAUCUUGAGAAGCUGGUGGUCCGGGUUAUCCAAGUUCUUUUAGGCGUUUCCUCGAUGAGAAUGCAUUAGAAUUUAGAUUUGGAAUGCAUUAGAAUUUAGAAAGAGCAAUGCGGCUGAGAAGAUUCUAGUGAAGAUUGGUAACAAUGCUGUCAUGGGUGUCGGUCUUGUACGUCAUCCUCAUCAGAAAAUGAUAUUCUUACCUUUAACAACAGCUAGGAUGCUGAAUUGAUGACCCUGGUACCAGCUUCACAAUCACCAACUUACUGAAAUCUAAUGGUAUGUAUAUCCUGUUAAA